AUGUUAGAGGCAAAUAAUGUGUUUAAUAAGGCAAAAUUGGAUGUUGAGUUUGCGGAAAAGCUGAGAAAAGAAAGUCCAACACAAUUUAACACACUUAUAAAGAUGCAUUUAUCGUUUUUAUUGGAUAUGAACGAAAAUGAAUCGGAGAUUACUGAUAAGACAAAGCACAAGAAAAUUUGGUUAUUUCCGAAGAAAAAGCAUCCUUCAAUCUGUACAUCAAAAUGCGGAGUUCUGAGUCCUGAUCCUCCACUCCUUACACAAGAUCUCAUUAAACAGUUAAAAGUCUUGAUGCAAUUUCUUCAGAAAGAUGAGAAUCUUUGCCAGGAAGGAAUUUUUCGUAAAACAGGAUCUGUGUCAAGACAACAAGAAUUAAAAUAUCUCGUCAACCAGUUGAAGCCUCUUAAUCUUGAUGAAUUUACUUGUCACGACGUAGCAUCUGUGAUGAAAUCCAUUUUAGCAGAUUUGCCUCAACCACUGCUCACUGAAUUUUUUUCGGGCGUUGACAAAACAUUGCUUAACAAAGGCAAACCAAUUAUAACUAACAAGUGUGCUUUCUCUUUUCAGACAUAUUUUCCAGCCUAUUCACAAGUUGCUGAAAUAUGUAAUUUAAAAGAAAAUGAUGAACAGAAUAGAAUUAUGAAUUCGUUGCAACUUUUGUGCUUGUUAUUACCGUAUGAGAAUCGAACUGUUCUCGAAUCUCUCAUAAUGUUGCUUCACAAGGCAUCUAAAAUGGAAAGUCACAAUAAAAUGACAGCCGACACUUUAGCAACACUUUUCACUCCUCAUUUGAUUUGUCCGAGAAAACUUCCUCCAGAAGUUCUUCAUCAAACAGCAGCAGCAAUGACAAGAAUGAUCAGCUUCAUUAUAAGCAGUGGCUCAUCAAUUUUCCUCGUACCAGAAAAGCUCUCAACUGACAUUAGAGCAUACUUUGUUGAACAAAAACGAAGACGUGAAACACCGGAAAAAGUUCUCGAUGAAUCAAUCUCAGAUUCUGUCGCCAACACUGUUUACACAUUUGUUGAUCGUGAAAAGACUGCCGAAGCUCACAUUUCAAAUCCUACCGAUACUGCACUUGCACAACUUUAUGCUCACAUUCAAUCACUUCCCGAGUCUUCCAAGAAGAAAAAACUUAUAAAGCAAUUUAACAAACAAAAUGGACAAGGCACACCACUGCAAUUUGUCAAUCGUGACAAGUCAUCAUCAGCGUGUCGCUCUAUAGGAGAUUCAAUUAAAAAGCACAUUUUUCAUAAGACACUUCAUAAAACACCGAAACGCAAUUCCACCCACACACCAUCACAAUCAUCGAACAUUCCAAGCACACCACUUGCUGUUCAAAUAUCACAAGAAGAGAUGAUUGACGAUGAAGAUUUCCGCUCAUCAGAUGAAGAGGAUUGCAUUGAAGGGCAAUCAUCAGAGAAGGUCGUCUCUGGUCAUGUUGAUCAAAUGGAGCAUAAAGAAUUGCUUGCAACGACACCUUGCAAGAAAUCUACGUUAUUUAAAUCGGGUCUAAUCAAAGGUGUUAGCUUGGGAAACUUAAAAUUUCCAUUUCAUUCGAAGGAAUCGUCUUCGAAGACAUCACCGAAAAUAAAGAAAUCAAAAUCUUCAAGUAUUCUUAUUGACAUUGAGAAAGACGAUGAUAAACGAAAGCAAAUGAUGAUGAGAAGUGGAACUGAAAGCUUCGAUUCGGAAGAGUCGUCUGAUUUGUUCUUUUCAAUAUGUGAAGCGAAUAAAGAGCAUUGGCAUGUUGAUGUUUCGAAUAUCAAUUACUUUUUGAAUCAAACAGGCAUUCAAGAACAUCCAGCAGUCAGAAAUUCAAUGUCGCCAAUCACAAAAUCAACACAAAGAAUGCCAAAAUCUAUGCAAGAAAGUAUUAUGACACCACGUUCAAGGAAACCAGUAAUGUUGGCAAUUUUCGGUAAUUCUGAUGUCAAAUCUUAUCAGAAUAACAUUUCGGAAUUGUUAGAAGAGUCAGAAACUGAAUUACAAACAACUUCUGACACUCAAACACAAUCAUCGGGUGAUGCUCCGCUGAAUUCAUUUGAAUUGAAGAAUAUACGAUCAAAGAGUGAAAAUGACAUUUCAUCAGCUAAUGACAAUGGACUUCCUGUUGCUCAACCAUUAAGUUCUUAUGGUUCCACUUCUUCGUCAUCAACAGCAGAUUCACUUUCAAGUGCAUUCAAAGAAUACUUUCAAUCACGUGGAAACAUUCCUUGUGAACCUAUUCAAGACGAUGAUUCAUUUUCAAGUCAACCAGAUGACUUUGAAUCUUCAAACGAAUAUCAAAAGUUGGAAUCAUCAACUUCAUCUACAUCAAAUGUGACUGUUGACAUUGAUCAAGUUCUAAAUAAAUCACAAUUGAGUGAAAGUUUGCUUUAUUGUUUGGAUGGAAAUACUGAGAAGACUUUAUCACCAAACAAAACCCGUAAAAGACAAUUGGAUGAGUCAUUAGAAGAAAGUUCAUCAACGGAAUCAUUGAAACGACCUUUGUUGGAUAACAACGACUUUACAGACAUUUGA